AUGGGAAAAUCCCGGUUGUCACCACUCAAGCUUCUUACUAUUCCUCGAUUAGAAUUGAGCGCAGCUGUUGUCGCAGCCAGACUGGACAAGAUCAUUAGAACUGAAACCGACCUACGGGUCGACGAGUUUGUGUUUUGGACCGACAGCACUUGCGUCCUGGGAUACCCCCGGAACGAGAGCAAGCGAUUUCAUACAUUUGUGGCAAAUCGAGAAGCAACAAUACAGGAGGUCGCGGCCGCCUUGCAGUGGAGACAUAUUGACUCCUCGCAGAACCCGUCAGACGACGCAUCUCAAAGGGACAUUGUGAAACAUGUUCAAGAAGAGAGUUUCGGAGAGGAAUUGGCCAUAUUAAAAAGGGCAUCAUCUACGCCAUCAUCAACACCCACCUCAGGUGAACAAAACUUAAAGUGUCAGGUCAAGAAAUCGAGCAACAUCGUCAAACUCGAUCCCCGGAUGAUUCACGUCUUGUUAUGUGUCCUGGGUACGAUAGCCAAUGGACCCUUCCAGCAGCGUGUGAAACAUUCAGUCAUUUUGCCAAAGUCUCACCGCAUUGUUCCCCUCAUCAUACGCCACUAUCACCCUGUUUCCGGUCAUUCAGGAGUGGAACAUGUCCUUAGUCUGAUGAUAGAGAAAUUUUGGAUUGUCGGUGCCAGAACAGUAGUGCGAAGAUAUCUAAACACCUGCGUUGCCUGCAAGAGAAGAAAAGCCCUCGUUGGUGAACAGAAAAUGGCAGAUUUCUCGCGGGACAGAAUUACACCUGACAAACCACCAUUUACUAAUGUGGGAGUCGACUGCUUUGGCCCAUUCCCGAUUCGCCGUGGAAGAACAGAAGUUAAGCGUUAUGGCGUGUUGUAUACCUUUUUGGUGGUGCGUGCCGUCCACAUAGAAGUGGCCCACAAUCCGGAUACCGCUUCAUUUCUAAACAGCUUUAGGCGAUUUGUCAUGAGGAGAGGAUCUCCGGAAAUGAUCAUGUCCGACAACGGUGGCAAUCUUGUAUCAGGAGAACGCGAACUGAACCGCUCUAUCAAAGAAUGGAACCAGGAGAAUAUUGCCAAUUUCCUACUUCAGAGAAAUUUCCAGUGGGUAUUCAACCCUCCAUGCGGGUCCCACCAUGACGGUCCAUGGGAGCGUUGCAUAAGGACAGUAAGAAAGGUCUUAAACGCGCUGGUUAGGCAGCAAGUACCAGAUGACGAAGGGCUGUCAACAUUCAUGUACGAGGCGGAGUCAAUCGUAAACAGCAGGCCCUUGACAAAGGUCUCAGAAGACGUCCGCGAUCUCGAGCCCCUCACGCCUAAUCACCUUCUCCUCCUUCGGUUUAGACUAUCGCUUCCUCCCGGAAUCUUUGUCAAGAAGGACAUAUACUCCAAGCGCAGAUGGAGGCAGGGUCAGUACUUAUCGGAUGUAUUUUGGCUCCGAUGGGUGAAGGAAUACCUCACAACCUUGUAA